AUGGCAUCGAGAUACCGCGUUGAGUAUGCUUUGAAACAGCAUCGAAAAGACAACUUUAUAGAAUGGAUUAAGGGACUAUUAGCUGUCCCGUUUGUCUUACAUGCUGGUAAACCGUCUCAGAAAGAAGUUACGAAGGCAAAGGAAGAAGAAACUUUGGAACGUUACGCUCGAAUUUUAAGAGACGUUGAAUGCCUAAUUGAAAGUCAUGUUGAGCUAACGGCUCAAGGUCGCCAUCAUAGCCAGCUAAAGAUGCUUGUGCCAACUAUUACUUCUUUUUGGACACCAUUACCUUUGGUUCAGGCUUUAUACGAUCUCGAGCCAAAACUUUGUUUGGCUAAACGUAGUUUCGUGGCACCUAGCUUUAACGAUGUUCGUACAAUCCUAGGUGGUGCUCAGCUCCGCUACCUUGCUCAGCAUAGCCUUGAGAUGGUUAGCUUUGAUGGUGAUGUAACUCUGUAUGAAGAUGGACAACCCUUGCUUGCUGACAAUCCGGUUAUUUCACGUUUAGUACAACUCUUGUCAAGAGACAUAUAUGUAGUAAUCCUAACUGCUGCUGGAUACCCUAGUCCUAGUGGAAAGGAAUACAUGGAUCGGUUCUCAGGUCUAUUACAAGCGAUUGAGGACAGUGAUUUGGUCGAUACUCAAAAGCGAAAAUUGCAUGUAUUGGGCGGUGAAAGUAACUACUUGUUUGAAUACAAUCCGCUCCAUGGACUACAAUGGGUAGAGCCAGAGUCCUGGAUGCUUCCCAUUAUGAAGACAUGGCCGGUCGACGAAAUCUCUCAAUUAUUGGAUACUGCUGAAGAUGCUCUUCGUUCUUGCAUAACCGGUUUAAACAUCGAUGCUAAAAUUAUACGUAAGGAACGAUCUGUUGGGUUUGCACCUUCGUUAGGUCAAAAACUGAGAAGAGAACAGCUAGAGGAAACAGUUUUGGAAGUACAGACAACGCUACAAUUAAUGAAUUUCUCUGUUCCAUUUACUGCCUUCAAUGGAGGAAAUGACAUCUGGUGCGAUAUAGGCGACAAAAAGCUUGGAGUUCAUUGCCUUCAAUACUUCUUCGCCAUUUCGCAUCCUUCCAAAUGUUUGCACGUUGGUGACCAGUUUCUCUCCGCUGGUAAUAACGAUUACAAAGCCAGAUCUGCUGCUACUACCGUUUGGGUAUCAAGUCCUUCGGAAACUGUAGAGUUUUUAGACUAUUACUUUUCUCAACUACCUUAUCAACCCUGA